CAGGUGUUCCAAUCCCGCAAUCCCCUCCAUAUCAUGUGAUUCAGGUUGAUUCCAAUCCCCUCCAUAUUCAUGUGAUUCAGGUGUUCCAAUCCCUCCAUAUCAUGUGAUUCAGGUGAAUGCCAAUCCCUCCCAUAUCAUGUGAUUCAGGGUGUCCCCAAUCCCUCCAUAUCAUGUGUAUUCCGGUGUCCCAAUCCCCUCCAUAUCAUGUGAUUCAGGUAUUCCAAUCCCCUCCAUAUCAUGUGAUUCAGGUAUUCCAAUCGCCCUCCCAAUCAUGUGAUUCAAGUGCUGCAAUC